CUAUUGCACAAGUAACAUCAGGAUGUUUUACUUCAAAUAAAGCAAGACUUUGUCGCAAUCACCUUGCUAAUUGUGAAAAUUUUAAGUUAACUUAUACCAAAGAAGAAGUAGAAAGAAUCUUAUCACGUUCUGUACCUGGAGAUUUAAAAAAUAAUGAUGAUUUUAGUGAAGACAAUGACCAAAAAAAUUCCAAUUCAUCAUCAUCUUCUUCUUUUACCACUACUGAUUCUAUGAAACAACAACAAUCCAUUACUAAUUAUUUUGCUCGACCAUUUUCAACAAAUGACAAAGCAAAGUUCGAACAAUUAUUACUUCAUAUGAUAAUUUCGAAUAACUUAUCCUUUACUUUCUUAGAAAAUCAAGAAACCAAAUCAUUGUUUGAAUUUCUUUCUCCUGGGCUGACUCUUCCAACUCGAAGAAUUAUAAGUGAAAGAGUAUUAAUUGAUGCAGCAAAAAAUUCAUAUGAUAACAUGAUAAAUAUUGCUAAAAAAGAUAGCUAUGGUGUUACAGUUGCUUGUGACGGGUGGUCAAAUGUCAAGUCUGAAAAAAUAUGGGGAGUUGUGUUGUUGACAUCUCAAGGUCAGCCUCUUAUUUGGGGAGCCUAUGAUGUGAGUUCAGAAACUUCAAAAACCGAAGAUGUUAUUAGACAUAUUGAAUUAUUGAUGGUUGAAACAAGAAAUGCAGGGAUAAAUAUAAAUGCCUUUGUUAGUGAUUCAGCAGGAGAAUAUGUUGCUGCACGGCGUCAAUUAAGAAAGAAAUAUCCAGACAAGGUGUUUAUUCCAUGUAUGGCUCACCAGAUGAACCUUGUGUUUGGAGAUAUAUUUAAAGAAAAUGAAACAUUUAAAAGUGUUUCUGAUGAAGCUGUUCAUAUUGUUAGCUAUUUCCACAAAUCUAUGUACUUUACUGGUAAUUUAAGAGAUGAACAAGUUUGUAUAUACAAUAAAACUAUUUCUUUGUUGACACCUGGAGAUACUAGGUGGAAUAGUUACUAUUUUUGUUUCCAUUCUUUACUUAGAACCCAAGCUGCACUUAAGUUUCUUUCAGCCAAAUAUAACCAACAUCAUUCAAAUGUGAUUCGGAUUAAUGGUGUUUCAAAUGUUCCUCCAAACAACACUUCUUAUACACAUAGUGGAAGAAAGUUACCUGAUAAUAUUGCUGAUAUCAUUAAUGAUAAUGAAUUUUGGUCAGUUCUUUUCCAGCUUCAAGAUUUGUUAUAUCCUUUAUGUGGUUUUUUGAAUAAGAUACAAAAAGAUUCUGCAAAAUUAUAUGAAGUGCUUCAUUGUUUUGGAUAUGUAUUAAAGAUAUUUAAAUCAAAUAGUGAUAUUUCUUUUUCAAGAAGAAUAAUUAAUAGAUUAGAGAAACGUUGGAAGGACUGGGAACAACCACUCUUAAUUCUUUCAAUGGUACUUCAUCCUUUAUAUAAACAUUUUAAAUUUAAACCAUCAAUACCAAAUUUGUCUUUUGUACACCUUGGUCAAAUGCUUAAAUAUUAUUAUGAAGCAUGGUUCAAUAAAAAACCUAUUUCAAUUUUAUCAGAAUUUAUGGUAUAUAUUAAAGGCGAGGAUCCAUAUGAUUACAAUUCAUUUUCUCAAUUUAAAAAUAACUUGAUUAGCUUCUGGGAGUUUACAAGUGGAAUUGGUCCUGAGUUGGCACAAAUUGCCAUUAGAAUACAUGGGAUCUCUAUUAACUCUGCUUCGGUGGAGAGGAUGUGGUCCAGUAUGGGCCACAUUCACACUAUAAAAAGAAACAGGCUCAAUUCCAAAAAGGUCCUAUCAAUGGCAAGAGUACGAAGUGAUAUCCAAAUGAAAAAAUCUUUAAUCAACAAAAACCAAAAAGAAACUUAUAGACUUCAUUUAUCAGCACCAAUAGUUAAUAAUUGUGAAACCUAUGAAUCCAAUGAUGAUGAUAUUAGAGAG